UGAAUGUCCAAGGCGAUUAGUUCCACAUUCCACUGCAUCAAAUUUUACCCAGUCUCGUAAUUAAGUGAGCCUAAUCUUGUAAAAGUAUUGCUUCCUGCUCAACUUAAGUUGCCGUGCCUUCAUGCCAAACAUCCGCUUCAGCCUUUCUGGUCGCGAUCAAACGAAUAGUAAGCGUGCGACGCACAGCUCCGUUGUUACUCCGCGGGAAGGCAGAUAGAGCAUCUCAUACUUUAUCUUUUACCAUGCCAGAAAUUCGGAUCGAAAAUGGACCUGACGGAAGUCACACCUACACGGUAACCGGGAAUGCGGAUUUUCAAAAGCAGUUUGUCAACCAGUAUUUCGGUUCUGCCAACCAGUACGUUGUCUCCACCGAGUCGGGAUCCACUAGCCAAACGUUCAAUUUUCCCCAGUCUGGUGCAUUCACCAGUCGCGCUGACGAACCACCUUCCUAUAAAGAUGUCCUGGAUGAUGAGAAAGAGCAACUCCGCGAUCCGUUGUUGCACAACAAUCGCGCUCCUUGCCCGGCUUCCCGCCCCACCCGCACCCAACCCUCCGCUCCAGUAAAUGUGGCCCACCUGCUGGUCGACCCCGAACCGGAUCCCGAAGAUGAAGAGGGCGACAAAUAUGAUUGUGCGAUGGCAUGUAUGCGGAUCGGGGUGGUUGUGUCGAUCCUGGGUGGAGUGGCACUGAUUAAGUGGGAAGAGUCCUACCAGGCUGAUGUGUUGGCCUUGCCCGACCCGGAUUGGCAGGCCAAGAAGCAGUUUCAUCUGCGGUCGGGCUUCGGGUGGUUCCUGGUGGUACUUGCGCUGGUUUGCUACUUUGUUGACGCUUGGGUUAAUGAUGUCGCUGAAAUGUUGAAAACUUUAUCCGACACGAAUUUGGAGGAUCAUUUGGAAAGCGUCCGGCGAGGCAGACCAAAGUUAUCGUGGCAUAUGAAAUGCUUCCAUCGUGACCGCAGCACCGCGGUGAUAACCAGCGCCGAUGGAUCUAAGCGCACUGAAGACCGCAACGACCAAAUCACCACGUGGACGGGUUUGGAAUCCUUCCGGUUCUCCCAGUGGGUGGAUGUAACUCCUGAUCAGACGAAUGAAUUCGGUUCCAUUAACAAAAUCACCUUUCACAGCAAGUACGUUUUAGCCAAUACGGAAACGAGACAAGCGUACGAAGCGCAGAAGAAAGCGUUUAUCGACGCCAACAAGCACCGUGAUGCGGAGUACAGUAUCGAGGAAAUUUUUGAAAUCGAAGGAUACCAGAAGGAAAUGCUGGUGAAAUCUGGAGACUCGUGUACCGGGAGUGGUUGCGCUUAUUUUCUGUUUGUGAUUACCGGUCUGAUGUAUAUUUGGCGGUUCGCUGUUAACGCCAGCAUACGCCGCGUAGCAUAUACGCACAUCAAACAGUUAUCUGUUUAG